GUGAAUUAGUACCAACUAGUACUGGAGUUCGAAAUAAAAAAAUGGCAACAUCAACAAAAAUGGAACUUUCAGCAGCAGAUCAUGAUUUUACGAAACUCUCAAUUACUCCUUCUGUAUCUUUGUUUGCUAAAAUUCCAGAUGAUCCAAUUCAAUCAUUUUAUGCUGGACAAGUUUAUGUUUCAUUAAAAAAUACAAUAUUUCAGGCUAGCUCUGCUCUUAGACAUGCUACUGAAUUUUAUAAUUCAAUAAAGCAAUACUAUUUUAAUGCUAAUUCAUUGCCAGAAAUAAUAAUUGCCCAAAUUGAUCCUGAAUUAGAUAAAUCUAUGACUACAAUGAAUCAAUUACAAAAAAAAAAAUCUUACCAAAGUUUUAUUAAAAAAGAUUUUCAGACUUUAUCUUUUAUUCCAGAUCCUGAACCAUUAGAAAAUGAUUUUGAUACAAUUUAUGGUCAAUUAACAUCAGAAAGAUUUCGUCCAUCUGCUACAAAUGUAGUAGCUAAUGAGGAAACAAAUGAAAAAAAAUCAGGCCAAUUUAUUAAUUCAAAAAUUCAAUGUAUAGUUUUAUGUGAACACUGUGGCAAAAUGCGAUGUGUUUAUAGUAAUGCUAAUUUAACAACUGCUGAAGAAGCUAAGUUUCAAUCUGCUUUUGAUAGUUUAUGCUAUACAUGUAGAUCACAAUUAUUACCAGAAGAUCAUGAACUUUUUAGCCAAUUAAGUGUUAGAUUAAAUCUUACCUGUGAUUCUCCUAUUGAGUCAACAUAUUUUUCAUGGCGACUUAAAAAAUUUGAUGUAUGCUAUUGGUGUGGAGAAUCCAAAGAUCUUAUAGAACCCUCAGAAAUGCUAAAAGCUGAAUGGAAAACUAUAUAUCCAUUAUGUGAAUUCUGCAAAAGUAGUGGGAAAACAUGGUUUAAAAGAGCUCAAAAAAAAUUUACUCCAUUAAAUAAUAGUAAUAAUGAGGAAGAAAAUAAUGAAGGCCGUAAAAAUAAAACAAGCAAAAAAUGA